AUGUCUUCUCCCGUUUCUUCUCGGCCAUAUCGGUCGAAAAGACAGCGUCCGUGUGAUCAAUGCCGUGGCCGCAAGCUAGGGUGUCAAACCGAUGGCGGAGGCCCCUGUCUGCGAUGCCGAUCGGCGAAACUGGAGUGUACCUUUGAUAAUCCUCCACCGAAAAGAGCGCGAACAGUGGAGAAUUUGUCGCCUUUUGGCGCUCAAAGUAUUGAUGGAAAUACAUUUGCAGGGCCAACAUGCAACAGCAAUUUCACCCGCGAGUCUAGUUUGGCAGGAAGUGUAAGACAAAGUGUUGAACCACGAUUCCCAAACAUCGGCCUCGAUCCGAACACUCCUGGUUUAUCUCCAGGGUCCGGUGUUCUAGCCCCUGGAAGACCCCCGACCCAGUUUGUGCAGAGUAUUGAUCAACUGGAACACGGUUACGCCCAGCUAUUCGGCGCAUCUUCCGAAUCAGACCCAUGGCUGUUAAGACAUUGUUGCUUUGAUGAUUCUGGCAUGAAAUAUUUCUACAAAGUGCACUUUCGCAACGCUGGAGGUGUCCCCACAGCACAGAGAAUUCCAAUCCACUUCAUGAUUUCUUCCGAAGAUCUCACAACCUCCAUUAAACGUGAAACUAGGGCCGGAGUCGGCGAAGCGACACGGGAACGCCUGGACUAUCUAGUACCCCCUGAGUAUGGAAGGAGGCUAAUGGCUUUAUUUGUCAAGUAUGUCUUCCCUGCUUUGCCAAUCAUUUCCCGUUCCCAACUAGGGUUGACUGCUGCAACAUAUCAGCUACCCGAGCUGUCAGCAUUGGAAAAGGUACCCGUGCACCUUCUCGCGGCCAUCUAUGCAUCAGCAUUUCCAUUUGUCGCCCAUGAUGAUUACCUCUGUGUGCUGAGCACAUAUAACGCGUCGCCAGUUGAGACCUUGUGGCGGAUGGUCUAUGAACUCGUAACAGAAGAGAUCCAUAGCCCUCGUUUGGCCGUGCUGCAAGCAGCGUUGUUAUAUAUACAUCAAAUGCCGAAAGAUGAAACCCGCCUCACGACCGCCGAUACCCCGUUUCUGUGGUCCUUCGUCGGCCAAAUCGUUGGGCUGGCAUGUUCCCUCGGCCUUCACAUCGAAUGUCGCAUGUGGGGCAUUCCUGCAUGGGAGAAGCGUCUCCGGCGGCGGUUAUGGUGGGCCGUGUAUGCCGAAGACAAAUGGCGCAGUUUGCUGAUGGGCCGACCUCCAUAUAUCCAUCCCGCCGAGUGGGACGUGAGUGAAUUGGAUGAAGGAGACUUUCUAGUGGGCCCACGACAAGGAUUCUCAACUAGUUCGUGUGAUACCGAGAUUCCAUUCCGAUACCUCAUCAAUCUCGCACGAAUCGGCGAAGAGAUCCAUGAUACAUUUUACACGCUUCGGGCCUCCCAAUUCUUGAACGCAAACUUUAUUGCCUCUGCAGAGCUCGGCCGAGGGCUGCUUGAGAAGCUGAAUGCCUGGUAUUCUUCUCUUCCUGAAACAUUUCGACUUCCUAAUUGGAGCAAAUCCGUCAAUGGGCUUGCCCCGUACCCCACAUCGAUUCAUUUUGCUUACCUAUUGCUUGUGGUCUAUGUUUACCGUGCGAUGCUCCGACCGAUGGCACGAUCAUCUGACCCGCCGCUUAUUUUCGACUUGGAAGAUCUGUCUGCCACAUCGCCAUUGCCCGUAGAUGAGUCCAUAAUGGACUUCAUGGACCUCCCGGAAAUUGGAUCUUUGCCGGAAAUAGCUAUCUCCGAUGAGUUUGGCACUGGCGAUGCCACUCUACACGCUGCAGAGAAGUGUGCCUCCAUAUUGGUGAACUUUGCGAGACGGCUGACGUCUAGUGACUUCACUGCAUUCUGGGUCCCGAAUUGGUUUCGCGACGAUUUCAAAUUACCUGAUGUUGCUACUGGUACAGGCUCCGAAUAUGGCACAUGCGACAUGAAGUGGAUUCUACUCUCCCUUGCCGCAGUCGCGUCUGCGCUGCAGAGCCUGCCCCCAGUGUACUUUGAGAAGACUGGUUCAGGUCAUAACAAAGGCUUCUCAUUAACAACAACCAACCGGAUAAUCUACCUGGAUGCCAAUUUCGCCAGCUGGAAGGAUCAAAAUGGCCUAACGCUAAUUCCACCAUCCGCAUCCGACUUUGCCAAUACGUUUCGUGAGGACUUAGAGGAAUUAACAAACAAUUCCUGGGAGCUUCGCACGGUCAGGCAAUUUCCAAAGCACGCGUCAGGAAUCUUCCUCGGUCGCGCAGACCACAGGCACCGAUUUACCUACGAAAAUGGACGCGAGACCGAGGAGGGAUAUGAACUAGAUAUCCAGGAUGGCAGUGUGUUCAUCCGAGGCUCUGGAGCGCGAGGUAUGUGGUGGGGGACGCGAACGCUCCUCCAGCAGCUCCUUUUGACACGCUCAUCCCUACAACCCGGUCGGAUAGAAGAUGCCCCUGCCUAUGCGACUCGUGGAUUUCUGCUAGAUGCUGGUCGCAAAUGGUAUUCGCUGGAGUUUCUGAAAGAUCUUUGCACUUAUGCCUCGUUCUUCAAAAUGUCCGAGUUUCAGUACCAUGCGACCGACAACUAUCCACUGAGUCGUGGUCGUAACGAGACUUGGAACGAGGUCUACUCGCAGUUUUCGUUGCACCCCGAAAGCGAGGCUCUCCAUCCUCUUGUCCAGCGUGCCAACGAAACGCUGUCCCGGGCUGAGUUUGAUGACUUCCAGCAUCACUGUGCCCAGCGAGGUGUUACAGUUAUGCCGGAGAUCGAAAGCCCCGGACACUGUCUCACGGUUACGAAAUGGAGACCUGAACUCGCAUUGGACUCGAGGGAUCUGCUCAAUCUCUCCCAUCCGGACACUGUCCCUUUGAUGAAGUCCAUCUGGACUGAGUUCCUGCCUUGGUUCCACACGAAGGAGGUGCACAUCGGUGCCGAUGAGUACGAUCCUGACUAUGCGGAUGACUAUGUUGAAUUCGUGAACGAGAUGUCCCGCUUUGUGCAAGAAACAUCUGGCAAAAGUGUUCGUAUUUGGGGGACAUACGAGCCGUCAAACAUUACGAUUGAUAAGGAUGUGAUAAUUCAGCACUGGCAGUAUGGACAGUCGGAUCCAGUUCAUUUAGCUAGCAACGGUUACCAAGUCAUCAAUUCUGAGGAUUGGUGGGCGUAUAUGUCGCUGAAAAGCAACCAUGUACCUAUCACUCCAGCACCCUAUCCCCAGUUCUUUAACAAUUCCCGUGUUAUCAACUUCGCCGAUCAAGACGGGUGGCAGUGGACGCCAGAGCUCUUCAAUCCAGUGAACACCACUGAACAGCCAGAUGCCAAAGCUGUACCAGGUGCUCUCUUGGCUGCCUGGAAUGACAGCGGCCCAGACGCCACUACUCAGCUUGAGGCCUACUAUGCAAUCCGCGAUGGCAUUCCGGUUGUAGCUUCGCGGGCGUGGUCUGGUGCGCGUGGUCCUCGCCUGCACGAACGAACCUUGGCCAAGUCUAUUGCCCACUUGUCCUCUCACGCUGUCGGGCAAAACCUCGACCGACGUCUCCUAGGAGAAAAGAGUCACGGAUCAGGACCUUUGCUUUCAUGGACAAGGCCAACCGCGAAGCCCAACCAGGAUAAAUAUAAUUUAGGGCGUGGCAGUAAGGGCAUGAAUUAUACCCUCCAACUAGACGUCACGGGUCCCUUUUCUUUGCAGUCCUCUGAUGCGACAAUUACCCUGUCAUCGGAUGGUGAAUUGACCUUUGUUUCUGAUGGAUGGCCUUACCCACUUCGCUCUGUUGGUGAGACUGAUGGCUUUGACCAAGACCAGCCUGGGCGAAUCUGGGCCAACAAGACCACCUCAAGCCACGAGGUUGUGAUCAUCCCCCGCAAAUCACAGGUCACUAUCUCCACAAACGAGAUAUAUGGAAGUCGUGUGUGGGUGGAUGGAGCCUUUGCUGGCCGUUUUGAAGUCUUCAUCUAUGGCGGAAAGAAUAAAGUUUUCUCAUGGAGUCAGAUGGCUCUCGUGGCACCGUUGGAUGUCCUGGAAGGGUCAGGCUUGCAACAUUUGGCUGUUUUCCAGGGAAGCAGGGAUGGCUAA